UCUUCAGCGUAAACGGAAGUGAACAUUGACCAACAACAAUUUCGUAUCUUAGUGUUUUUAUUGUUGUUAUUUAGACGUUUAUUAACACCCUAGAACUCAGAAUAUGACUAAUUUAACUGUAUAGCCUCACAUACGUACACCCAGGUAGUAUAUAAUUCGCGUUGGAGACAGAACUUGGUUGGUAGAUAGUAAUGCUAGGUAACUUAGCUGCUAACAAUGGCUAAAUGUAUGGUUUUUCACACUCAAAUAGCCUCCAUUAUGGAGGUGCUAGCGAAUGCAGCCGUGGCAGAGAUCUGUAAACUCGUCGAUGACGACUAUGCAGUGUUUCGUUUGGAAAUAACUCAAAGCCAGAAAGAAAACAGGACAUUGCAGAGGAAACUACAGCUUCUUGAACUGAAGGUGGCACGGGAGCGCGCAGAGAGGACAACUCGAGAGCGCGCCCUAGCUAGUCGUCCCAGUAGUGUCAAAAUCCUCGACCGAUACAGAGGAAUGGCAAGAGGUGAAGGACAUCUCACUGGAGGCCACAGGAGCUUUGUGAAGCCAGUAGGACACAACGUGUGGAGAGAUGACCAACCAAUAGCUAUAGAUGAGGGCAGUGGAACCUCCACCCAGCAUGUUAUCGUGAAAGCGUCUGCAGAUGCAGAGGCUGCAGGUCCUGGGUUCAAGCUGGAAAUGUAUGAAGGAAAGGAGGACCCACCGCACAGCAGAGACAUCCAGACUGGAGUGCUUGCUGUAGCCACGGAGGACCCCACCCUCGCCCCAGCACUGCCCAGGGCCCAAUGCAGCAUCACGGAGGUCAGUGGAACGCUGAACACCGUCCUCAAGUCAGAGACAGACACAGAGACUUUAACGGUGCUGGAGCGACUGGGCUGUCCUCCUGCUACCCGCACAGAGUAUCUACUUCACGGUAACCUGAGCCCGAGGACGGCUCUGUUCCAUCAGGACUCAGGUGAUGCGUUACAGUCUGGCAAUGAUCCGUCCUGUUCAUACGCUACAGAGAUGAUACCUGGUGACAUGCCUGUGGGCUUAGAUACACAGACUAAUUCAAUGAGAGGGGACUGGAACCGGUAUAGUAGUAGUGUCUACUCUGAAAUGUGUCUAGAUAAGAAAGGGGAGGGUCUGGUCAUAGAUGAGGUGACUGUGAAAGUGGAGGGUGAUGCUCUUCUGACAUGGAAUGCAGAUCAGACUCACUUAGGAGAAGGACACUCUCAGGAAAACAAGAGUGACUUCUUAGACUACAGGGAAAGCUUAGAGCCAAAUCCAAAUAUUGCAACCCACUCCCCUUUACACACGCUCAAGGAACGCGACCCAGUGUCCACGUCUAUGGCACCUUCCGAUUCACACAACCAUGCCCUUAUCGAUCAGGUAUUGAACUCAAACGACAAGACUAGAGCCCUGGCCCAGGGAGGGGGAGCAACAUCAGGCGUUAAUAAGGAGAAACGGUUCUUCUGCAUGUUCUGUAACAAAGGCUUCAACUGCCCUCAGAAGGUGGAAAUCCACCAGAGGGUCCACAUAGGGGUGAAACCCUUCAGCUGUACCCAGUGUCACAUGCGCUUCUCCCUGGCUUGGAACCUGAAGAUCCACCAGAGGGUCCACACAGGGGAGAAACCUUACAGCUGUGCCCAGUGUCACAUGCUCUUCUCCCACUCGUCCAGCCUGAAGAGGCACCAGAGGAUCCACACAGGGAAGAAACAAUUCAGCUGCCCCUAGUGUGGGUAGACGUUCUCCCACCAGAACCAGCUGAUGAUGCACUUGAAGUUUCACACUGGAGAAAGGUUGUUUGCCUGUACGCACUGCGGGAAGAGGUUCUCAGAGAGGAGCUACCUCAGGAUACAUAAGCUGAAAAAACAUUUGACUGUAUAAUAUAGAAAGUAACCAUUCCACUUGAUAGCUUCUGACCUUUAGAUCAAACCCUGCAUUAAAGACAGAUUUUCAUUUGGAAUAACAAGAGUAACAGAUUUCAGUGUUGAAUAUUCCUGUGUAGAAUAUUGCAUUGAGACAGUGGCCGUGUCCAAAUACCCAUACUAGCGUAUGACAUACUUAAACUGCAUACUCAUUUCGGCAUUGGAUCUAGUAGAAUUCACUCACCUUUUCCCACUCACGUGUUUGACAACAGCUGAUCAUGAAUGGCGGGAGUCUACGUAAUCAAACAAUAGAUGAUGCAUUCAGUGUACUAUUUUCAACAUUUCAUAUACUAUAGAAUUGUAUUUUUCGGCAUACUAUUUAGUACGCUACUAUGGGUAUUUGGACACGGGCAUUGUGUGAUUUAAGGCAUAUAUAAGCCUAAAAAGUCUGUUACAUAUCGUGUUUGUACUGUGUAGGCUAUAUGAUGUUCACAAAUGCCUAUUUCAUUACUUCCAUUCAACUACUUGAUUUUUCCCCCAAGACACUUUUCAAUGAGAAAAAUAAUGCAGUUUGUCAAGUUCAUGCAGAUUUUUUGUUGAGACUUUUUGGGGUCAUUUUAGCAGAUGCGCUUAUCCAGAGCGACUUACAAUUUUUGCAUUCAUCUUAAGAAAGCUGGGUUAGACAACCACAACACAGUCGUAGCAAGUAAAUUUUUCCUCACUAACGUACUUAUCAACAGCUUCAGGGGAAAGCUGGUUUCACCAUUGGGGUACCAGGACAGAGAAGAGCUUUGACUGGUCUGAGUGGGGGCUGAUCCCUCAUAGGGGUGGGACGGCCAAGAGACAAGAGGAGGCAGAACAGAAUGCUCGGGGUGUUGGGUUUGAGCAUAGCCUGAAGGUAGGAAAGGGCAGUUCCCCUUGCUGCUCAGUAGGCAAGCACCAUGGUCUUGUAGUGGAUGCAAGCUUUGACUGGAAGCCAGUGGAGUGUGCUGAGGAGUUGGGUGACGUGGAAGAGUUUAGGAAGGUUGAACACCAGGUGUGCUGCGGCAUUGUAUAGCAGUAUUUUUAUUGGAAUUUCACAAUUCUCACCCAUAUUAAGAGAUACAACAACAGAGACAAAGCACACACACAAAAAAAUAAUAGCACUCACUUACACACAUACAUAUAUAUACAUACAUACAUACAUACAUACAUACAUACAUACAUACAUACAUGCAUAUAAACAUAUAUACAUGUACACACAUACACAUACAUACCACACACACCCAUACAUACACCAUUUUCCUCUUCCCGCUUAGUGCUUCUCUCACCCCAUCCUCAUCAUUGCGUCUCUCAAUACAUACAUUUUAAACAAACUUACAAACUGAAAAGCUCAGUUUAAACCAAGAAGUUAGGUUCCACACAUGGAACGUACAGUGUAGUUCUGAAAUACAUAGAUCCCCGCCAUUCUAAGAGAAUCCUUGCAGCAUAAUAGCUGAUACCUCAGGUUCUAGGUAAUUUAGAUAAGGUUCCCAUACUUUGUAGAACUGGUCUGUUUUAGAAUGCAAUGUACAUGUCAGAUAUUCCAGAGGCACCCAUUCAAAUAGUAUCUUAUGCCAAUCUUUAAUAGAAGGAACCUUAUCACUAAUCCACUGUAAAAGGAUGUUUUUCCUCGCUGCGAAGGUAAGGAUGUUGUAAAGCCUCCUUUUACCCACAGAAGUAACAUGCCUACUAGGGAGACCUAACAGUAAAGAAACUGUGUCCAAUUCUAGAUCAACUCCUAGGAUCUUUUCAAUUUCUUGCAGAACACCAGACCAGUAUCUUUGGUGGUGCUCUUCAGAAUAUAAUGUCUUACUUGUAGGAAGCGGAAAAAGUCCUGCUUUGGGAGUCAAUAUUUCUCGACCAUCUGCUCAAAUGACAAUAAAAUCUUAUCAGCAAAUAAGUAAUUUAGCCUGCGUAAGCCCUUAUUAAGCCAAAAGUUAAAGCCAGCAUCCAGCAAUCCUGGACUGAAAUCUGGGUUGUUAAGAAUUGGGGUAAGAGCAGAGGUUAGUUUGGACCUUCCCAGGAAGCGUUGAACUGACCUCCAUACUUUGAGUGUGUUAAGUGUAACGGGAUUAUUGCAGUGAUCUUCUACAGACUUGAAACUUCUGAAAAAUAAAAGAUCCUGUAAGGGGUAUUUUGAAAGAGAAGUCUCAAUGUCUAACCAAAUAGAGGAGUCCUCAUUUGUGAUCCAGUCAGAAAUAUAACAAAGGUGGGCACACCAUUGAUAGAACCUGAUAUUGGGCAGGUCCAAGCAGUUCAGCCCAUAGAACUUGGCAGCUGCAAUAUUGCCAUCUUAAGUCUUGGCUUGCGUUUACUCCAUAUAAAGGAACUUAGCCAUCCAUUUACAUCCUUUAUUACCUUAUUGGAGAGUAAUACUGGGAUCAUUUGGAUUGGGUAAAGUAGUCUAGGUAAAAUGUUCAUUUUCAAGAGGGAUAUUCUACCCAACCAAGAAAUCGGGAGAGAGUUCCAGCGCUCCAGAUCCUGUCUUAUUGUAUCAAACAAGGGAACAAAAUUGGCUUUGUACAUUUGCUGGAAUUUAGGAGUUACAAAUAUACCCAGAUCCAUGAAACCUGAGGGAGACCAUUUAAAAGGGAAGGGGGGAGAAGUAUUAGGUACAGAGUGUAGGCUACCAAGUGGCAUAGCCUCUGACUUAGUUAGGUUAAUCUUGUAGCCUGAGAAUUCGCUGAAUAAUUCAAUAAUAUUAAUAAGAGAUGUAAUUGAAGUCUCGGGACUAGAGAUGAAUAUCAGGACAUCAUCAGCAUACAAGCUUAUUUUAUGGUGAACAUCACCAAUGAGCAGCCCCUGUAUAGCAGGCGUUACCCUGAUGGCCUCGGCCAGUGGUUCCAUAACGAGUGCAAAGAGGAGAGGGGAUAAAGGACAGCCCUGUCUGGUACCUCUGUGUAUAGAGAAGCUUUGACUUUAGCCCAUUAGUAAGGACAGCAGCCUGAGGAUCAUCAUAUAAAACUUUCACCCAUUUUAUAAAGUUGUCCCGUAGACCAAAUUUAUUUAGAGCAUAUAAUAGGUAAGACCACUCCACACGAUCAAAUGCUUUCUCAGCAUCUAGGGAGAGCACAAGACCAUCCAUCGCACUUUGUUGGUAGGCUUGAAUUACAUUAAGAAGCCGCCUGACAUUGUUGCAUGACUUACGGCCCUUAAUGAAGCCAGUUUGGUCUCCUUUCACAAUUAGUGGCAGUGAGUCCUCUAAUCUUGUGGCUAGAAUUUUAGGAAGCUAUUUUCUAUCCACAUUCAGAAGGGAAAUUGGUCUGUACGAGGAACAAGACUCUGGACAUUUUUCCCUUUUUGAGAAUAAGUGAAAUGUUGGCUUCUCUCAGUGUUUGAGGGAGCUGGUCAUUUGACAAUGAGUGGUUACACAUAUCACGCAAUGGCUCAAGGAUCAGGCCAUGGAACUCUUUAUAGAACUCACUACAAAACCCGUCUGGUCCUGGGGACUUACCAUUUUGCAGAUUCUUAAUUGCGAACAUUAUCUCUUCCUUGGUAAUAGGGGCAUUAAGGAGAGACCUCUGUUCUUCGAAGAUAGUAGGGAGCUCAAUCUUACAAAAUAAGUUCUCCAUUCAUUUGGGUGCAUCCUUUGGCAGUUCUGAGGCAUAAAGGUUUGUAUAAAAUUUCUUAAAUGAGUCACUUAUCAAUGAAUUUUCAUAUAAAUGAUUACCAUCAGAAUCAGUAAUAGUAGCAAUUGACUGAGAGUCAGCUCUCUUUUUAGCUAGGUAUGCCAAGUACUUUCCUGUCUUAUCGCCAUGUUCAUAUAGCUUUUGCCUGACAAAUCUAAUUUUCUUUUCAGCGUCCUGUGUUAGGAGUGAGUCUAACGUUGAUCUAAUGACUGAUAUUUCCUUUAAUAGGGCAGGAGUGGGCGUUUUAAUGUAGUCCUUCUCUUUAGUUCCUAAUUCACCCUCUAACAUUUUUUGCUUUUCACGCUUUUUCCGUCGCUUAGUAGCUGUGUAUGACAUAAUUAGACCCCUGGCAUACGCUUUACAGGUCUCCCAAAGGAGCAAGGGGUUAUCUGUUGAUUGAGAGUUAAUAGAGAAAAAUGCUUUAAACUCUGUAAUAAAAUAUGUGAAUGUAUGGUCUUUAAGAAUGGUUGUAUUCAACCUCCAAUGUCUUGACCGAUUGAAUGCCCCGUUGAGUUUUAUGUCCAGGAUCACCUCAGCAUGAUCAGAUAUGACUAUGCUUCCUAUCCUAGCGGAUAAAACAGACUGCAAAGACAUCCUGGGCAUAAAAAAGUAAUAUAUUCUAGUCUGACAUCCAUGAGGUGCAGAGAAAAAAGUGAACUCUCUGUUGGAGGGAUGAAAAGCUCUCCAGACAUCUUCAUACCCCAGAUCAUCACAAAUAGCUUUAAGUUACUUAGCUUGAGGAGAGAGUGAAGCUAUACCGCUGGGAAACAUAUCAAUAAGGGGGUUCAACAAGCAGUUAAAAUCUCCUCCAACCACUGCAGUGUCCGAGUUUAAUUCUGAAAAGUCUAGAAAUACCUUAGUGAGGAAAUCAGGGGGGUGAGCAGGGGGGAAGUAAAUAUUCAUUAUGGAAAUGUUCUGCCCUUGUAAAGUACCAUUAAUUAUAACAAAGCGACCAAUUUUAUCUUUCACACAAUUCAAGACCUUAAGUGGUAAGUUCUUUUUCACCAGAAUUGCUACACCUCUACUUCUGGAUGUAAAUGAUGAGAAAAACACUUGACCAAACCCCCUUGUUGUAAUUUCAGGUGCUCCUUAUCAUCCAAAUGAGUUUCUUGCAACAGGGCAAUAUCAAUAUUUUCUUUUUUCAAAAAAGACACUACCUUCUUCCUUUUAAUGGGGUUAUGGCUCCCUCUAAUGUUCCAUGUACAUACACGCAGUCUGUUACCUGCCAUUGUGUCUUGACCAUUCAAUAUCCAGACUGGAUCCUACUGUAAAAUUGGGGUGGUACCUUUUUCCAUGUGUUGAACUCUCUUCUAUCUCACUGAGCAUAAACAAACGAUAUGAACCCUGAACUCCAACUAUACUAAACCCAAAAAUUAAACAUGUAAAGAUCCAAAAGGGGGUUUUCCCACUAGCUAACAUGCAGGGGAUUUCAACUCUCCAAUGUAGACUCUUAAGUCCGUAUUGCCGCUCAAUAGCCUCAUCCUUUAUAUAUAUGGAAAAGAAAAUCAAUAGAAGAAGAUUGAGGCUCUUCCACCUAAAACCAAGCCUGGGCACCAAUAUGGAUUCACACAUAUCUCAGCCUGAGCUAUAGUGGCUAUUACUUUAGCAAGAAAAAUAAUAAAGAUAUGAAUAUUACUGAACAGGAGUACGUGAGGACUCACACCACUGUUUCAUGAUCAGAUUCAACCAAAAAUAAACAAAGUUUUCCAAUGCUGCGGAGGUGCUGCUUAAAGUUAUUUACCCGAGAGAGUCAAUAAACGCAGCAGCCUCUUCAGGUGUGUAGAGCUUUUUAGGCGAUCCGUUGACCAUAAUCUUCAAUGUGGCCAGGUACAACAGUCCAUCUUCAUUCUCCUGAGUCGAGCCUUCGCCUCAUCAAACGCUUUGCGUCUUCGUACAACCGCAGUGGAAUAAUCAUUGAAGAAUGAGACCUUUGGACUUUUACGACUACCAUCAGAGCCGAUGUUUCUAGCCGCGUCCAUGACGCGCUGCUUGUCGGUGAAGUUGUGGAACUUUAUAACCACCGGCUGUGGGCGCUGGUUGGGACCGGGUAUCGGUGCUUGAGAGCGAUGGGCUCUGUCCAGCUUCACACGACCAGCCUUAGUGUCCAUUUGUAGGUAGCCAGGGAUCCAUUCCUCAAAAAAUUUGACUGAACGUGUCCCUUCAGAAUUUUCCGGGAGUCCCACAACACGAAUAUUGUAUCUGCGUUCUCGAUUAUCCAAGUCGUCAAUGUGCUCCACCAUUUCGCGCACUUGUUUCUCAAGUGCUUUUAUCUUAGCGUCCAUAGAUGUAGUUGAAGUUUCCACUGCAGCAAUUCUUCCUUCCGUGCUUCCAAGACCGUUCUUAUCUUAACAUUGAUCACUUUAGUAAAUUUAUCAGUCAUGUUUUGAAUCACCAGGUCCAUUGUGCCUGGAUCCGCAAUGGUGUUAGCUUCGCUAACGUUAGCUAGCUCCUCAUGCACAUCUACAUGGGUGGUGGUUUUGGUUGAGUUUUUAGUAGUUCUGUUGGGCAUGUUGUCGGAGAUUUUUGCGAAAUAGCCGUCAAGACUCAUUGUAGGAUAACUUAUUUAGCCAAUCCUACCACUUUUUCAAGCUAGGAGAUUAAUGUAAAAAUAUAAAUUUACGAAUGCCACAGGAGCUCGCUGAAACACAGUGUUCUCUCUACAGCACCAUUUUGUCCCCUCUGCUGCGGCAUUUUGAAUAGGUUGCAGGGGUUUGACGAGACAAACAGGGAACCUAGCCAACAGAGAGUUGCUGUAGACUAGACCAGGGUUUCCCAAACCCUCCCCCCUCCCGGUGGUCUAGAAUGGAGAUGACAAGCGCCUGGAUUAGGACCUGCGCCGCUUCCUGUCUGAGGAAGGGUCGUACUCUACCGGCUGGAGUGAGUCACUGCUUUGAUUUUUGCCGAAAAUGACGGGGUGUUUUCCAGGGUCACUCCAAGGUUCUUUGCACUCUGGGAGGGGGACACAGUGGAGAUGUCAACCAUGAUGGAGAGGUCUUGGAGCGGGCAGGCUUUCCACGGCAGGAAGAGCAUCAACAUCUUGUUGAGCUUGUGGUGGUGGGCCGACAUCCAAGUUGAGAUUUCUGCCAGACACACAGAGAUGUGUGUGUAUGUGUGGUUUUCAUAUAUGUUGUAUUUAACUCUCAUUUAUGUUUAAUAAACAUAAAAUGGGACUUUUCA